GGUCGAGGUCGGACGCACAGCCGUGCCGUUCACACCAGAAGGGCAGCCCCAGCCCCAAACGACCAAAAACCGCUCCAGGAACGAUGCCGCCGGACCCCUACAAGCGCAGCGGCAGCAACAGCGACCUCACCGGACUGGAAGGACUGUCCAAUCGACUCACGCGCGACCUGAAGCAGAACAUCCGCUUGAUCAAGGACUGCCCCGUGUUGUCAGAUGCCUGGUGCGAGAUGGCGGACUUUGUCGGGCGGAUCAAGUCGAUCACGGAUAUCGAGGCCGCGCUUCCGAAGGAGGACGAGUCGCAGACGAUGUGGGAGGGCGACGAGCUAGCGUUGCGGUACGUCAUGGAGGAGGGCAAGCUCAACCUGUGCUUGCGGACGUUGGUCGCGUUCCGCGAAAGUAGCUAUGGCGACAGAACGGACAAUGAGGCCAAGGAUUGUCAUGAUAGAAGUUAUAGAACACAGAAGCUGGACGCCUUCGAGAUCGGCAUGGGCGGUUUAUUAAGGAACGCCUGGGCCCACGACGAGGCCGUGCAGACGACGGACUUGCCUUUGUUGGUCGGAUAUGUUGCUGGCGUGUUACGGGACGCUUGCGAAAAUGAAAGAAUGAAUAAAGAGGACAUCACACAACGGCAGGAGGUCUCGUCAUUGCAUUACCUGAGGCAUCUGUGCCGCCACAUCGAUAGAUUACCGCGGUUCACGACAUUAGCAAAAGACGAGCGCAUCGUCGAAAGGGUGGUCAGUUUCUUAGAUGCGCACGCGGAUAAGCUGCCGAAGGACGACCUGCUCGUAGCAUGUCAAGCCCUCUCCGAACUUAUUGACAGCGAGGACUUCCAGACGUUCGAGGAGCAGUACCUGCCCGAGAAGAGUGGGGACCGGCUCGCCACGUUCAAAAAUCGGUUCCUCGGGCCCUUCCUCGACGACUACGACACGCGCAAGACGAUCCAGCCGCUCCUGCGCCAGAUCCAGGACCUCAAUUACUAAGUGUGUUAAAAAUUAUUCCUCGA